AUGGAAGGGGCAACGACGGCGCAACAGGAUGCUUCCGCUCCCUGGAAGUUUGCCCAGUGCUUUGGUGACAAGGGAGAGGUGGAAGAUAUCACAGAGGGUGAGCGCGUGCGCGCUGAUCGUCUUGCUCACACGCUCACGCUCACGCUCGCGCCCGCGUCUGCCCACCAGCCGACAUCAUCUCGACUGUCGAGUUUGAUCAUACCGGCGACUAUCUCGCGACCGGGGACAAGGGCGGCAGAGUGGUGCUGUUUGAGCGAAACGAUUCCGUGAGUGGGCGUCGCGAGCGGCAGCUUUGCGCUCGCGCGACUGAAUGCGUGCCCCCCCUUGCGACGACAGAAAAAGGGCUGCGAGUACAAAUUCCACACCGAAUUUCAAUCUCACGAGCCGGAAUUCGACUAUCUCAAAUCGUUGGAGAUUGAGGAAAAGAUCAACAAGAUUCGGUGGUGCAGGCGUCAAAAUGCCGCCCACUUUUUGCUAUCCACGAAUGGUGAGGGGGGGCGAGGGGCGGCAUGACGUUUCGUCUGCUCACACGGCGUGACGUUUCAUCUGCUCACACGUCGCCGCGCUCACACGCUCACGCUCACGCUCACGCUCACGCUCACGCCCACAGACAAGACGAUCAAGCUGUGGAAAGUAUUCGAAAAGAGCUUAAAAGUGGUGGCAGAGAAUAACUUGUCUGGCGAUCGAUUUCAGAGCGCGCAUGCAGCAGCGACCUCUUCAUCAUCCUUGCACCCAUCCCUCGCCCCAACGCCCACACCUCUGGUGGGCAGCGGGGCCAACUUGAGGAUGCCGACAUUGACGCAUCACGAUACCAUCGUCGCUGCAGUGCCGAGGAAAAUCUACGCCAAUGCGCACGCAUACCACAUCAACUCCAUCAGCGUCAAUUCGGAUGGAGAGACGUACAUUUCAGCAGACGAUUUGCGCGUCAAUCUGUGGAAUCUCAACAUUUCCGAUCAGAGCUUUAGUGCGUGCGGGCGCGGGCGCUCACUCUCUCGCUCUCUCUCACGCUCACUCUCUCGCUCACUCUCUCGCGCCCCGCAGACAUUGUCGAUAUCAAGCCGGUAAACAUGGAGGAACUCACAGAAGUCAUCACCGCCGCAGAAUUCCAUCCCAUCAAUUGCAAUCAUUUCGUCUACUCUAGUUCCAAGGGGACCAUCAAGCUGGCAGACAUGCGGGAUUCGGCACUUUGCGAUCAGCACGCCAAGCGUGAGUAG